AUGGGAAAAUCAAAAAACCCUACCAAAAGAAAAAGCUCAGGGCAUCAUCACAAAGAUAAAUCAGGCUCUCGAACAAGAGCAGUUAACCUUGAAGGAGUUGCAGAAAAUCCUCUAAAACUCCUAAAACUCCUACACUACAAUCGACUCAUGCUAAAUCAGCAUUUUGAUGCUCGGGAGCACGCUAGACGGCGUCGUCGCGGGCUUAUCAACGGUAUCGGUUACGUAGCCAACAGCCUGUUCGGAGUAUUAGAUGAACGAUUCGCCGAACAGUACAAGUCCGAUAUACAACUUGUGAAACGUAAGGAGCAGCAUCUUGCUAACUUGAUAAAAAAUCACCAUGCCAAGAUAUAUGGCUGGAAUUAA